CGUUGCACAUCCUUACUUUAAAGAUGAUCUGAUCUGUGUUUGAUUACUUCAAAUGCAUGUUCACUUAUUUAAAACAUUAUAUUACUUCUGUUUGAGUUUUUCAGUUUAACAACUUCACCAUAAAAGGAAGUGUAAUGCUCAUUAUUGGUUAGUCUGUUCAUCUGACACGUCGACAUUUUGUGAAACUUUUGUUUUUUCCGUGUUUCUUGAGAAGUCUGUUAAGACAAGGUGAUGAUGAAAGCUUGUGGGCCCUGCGAUAGGCUCGUUGGGAGGAAGGGUAGUUUUUUAAAGAUAUUUUAACACAUUAGUUCAACCACAAAGAGGAAACUGCAGCGUUUACCUCACAUCAGAUCAAUGUGGGUUUAAAGUCAGAGCAAACGAGUGCUGACAGAGAAUGGACAGAGAAUGGCUCGACUGGAACUAAUCAUUGUUUUUGCUCUUCUGUUUGAAGUGGGCAACAGUGAAGAAGAGCUCUAUCCCUUCUACCACCCUGAUCAGGAUGUCACUCUGCCCUGUGCCACUCAAAAUGGACCUCAACUGUGCUCUAGGAUUUCAUGGCUUUAUAAGAGAAAUUCAUCAGGGACUUUUUCAGAGGCAAGGGAUGGAAAGAUUGAGAAGACGUCACCCCGAGCUGACAGAUUGAGUUUAGACUCAGACUGCUCUUUGGUCAUUAAACGAAUCAUUGCUGAGGAUGCUGGUUUCUACACGUGUCAGCUGGAACAGGAGUUCAAGUUUUAUGUCCUUGUGUUUCUAAGUAUUCUGACAGUCUCUCAGCUUCCAGCAGACUCUGAUCAAACGAUGAACAGUGAAGUCACAUUAGAGUGCUCUCUGUUGACAUACAACAAUCGUCGCCCUUGUCAACCAAACGGCCUCCGCUGGUUGGACGAGACCGGAACUGAGUUUACUGAAGGUGUCCAAAAGCUUUCCAGAGGUACAGACUGCGUCUCUCGUCUGAAGGUGAAGAAUCAGAGUGGAGACAACAGGAAAUUCACCUGCCAGUUUGUUCAGAGGAAUAAAGUGGAGAUACAGGCCGACUACCCACCUGACCUCACAGAUCCUGAUCCUGGUUCUAAUCCUGAUCCUGGUUCUAAUCCUGAUCCUGGUUCUAAUCCUGGUCCACCAACUAAAGUGGGCAACAGUCGAGAAGGGCUCGAUCGCUUCUACCACCCUGAUCAAGAUGUCACUCUGCCCUGUGCCACUGAAAAUGGACCUCAGCAGUGCUCCAGGAUGUCAUGGCUUUAUAACAGAGAUUCACCAGGGACAGUUUUAGUGGCGAAGAGUGAAAAUAUUGAGGAGAAGUCACCCCGAGCUGACAGGCUGAGUGUGGACUCAGACUGCUCUUUGGUCAUUAAACACAUCACUGCUGAGGAUGUUGGUCGCUACACGUGUCGGCUGGACCAGCAGGUGGAGUUUGAUGUCCUUGUGUAUCUAAGUCUUCUGACAGUCUCUCAGCUUCCAGCAGACUCUGAUCAAACGAUGAACAGUGAAGUCACAUUAGAGUGCUCUCUGUUGAGAUACAACAAUCGUCCCCCUUGUGAACCAAACGGCCUCCGCUGGUUGGACAAGACCAGAACUGAGGUUACUGAAGGUGUCCAAAAGCUUUCCAGAGGUACAGACUGCGUCUCUCAUCUGAAGGUGAAGAAUCAGAGUGGAGACAACAGGAAAUUCACCUGCCAGUUUGUUCAGAGGAAUAAAGUGGAGAUACAGGCCGACUACCCACCUGACCUCACAGAUCCUGAUCCUGGUUCUAAUCAUGAUCCUGGUUCUAAUCCUGGUCCACCAACUAAAGUGGGCAACAGUCAAGAAGAGCUCGAUCGCUUCUACCACCCUGAUCAAGAUGUCACUCUGCCCUGUGGCACUGAAAAUGGACCUCAGCAGUGCUCCAGGAUGUCAUGGCUUUAUAACGGAGAUUCACCAGGGACAGUUUUAGUGGCGAAGAGUGAAAAUAUUGAGGAGAAGUCACCCCGAGCUGACAGGCUGAGUGUGGACUCAGACUGCUCUUUGGUCAUUAAACACAUCACUGCUGAGGAUGUUGGUCGCUACACGUGUCGGCUGGACCAGCAGUUGGAUUUUGAUGUCCUUGUGUAUCUAAGUCUUCUGACAGUCUCUCAGCUUCCAGCAGACUCUGAUCAAACGAUGAACAGUGAAGUCACAUUAGAGUGCUCUCUGUUGAGAUACAACAAUCGUCCCCCUUGUGAACCAAACGGCCUCCGCUGGUUGGACAAGACCAGAACUGAGGUUACUGAAGGUGUCCAAAAGUUUUCCAGAGGUACAAACUGCGUCUUUCGUCUGAAGGUGAAGAAUCAGAGUGGAGACAACAGGAAAUUCACCUGCCAGUUUGUUCAGAGGAAUAAAGUGGAGAUACAGGCCGACUACCCACCUGACCUCACAGAUCCUGAUCCUGGUCCUAACACUGGCUUUGACUCUGAUGCCAAACAAACCUUCAUCAUCGUCGGUGUGUUGGUCGGGGUGGUGUUUCUGCUGGUUGUCAUGGCUGCUUUUCUAAUCAAAUACAAGAAGAGAGCCAAAGUAACUGAAGAUGUUCAAACACCAAGCCAACAGCCUAAUGAGCCGGAGAGUGAUCUGACCUACGUUACUUUGAGCCACAGUCAACAACAGAAGUCUUUUAGGAAGAAGGAAGAGGAGGUGACCUAUUCUACAGUCAAGUCUUCAGCGAGGAACGAGGCAGAUGAUGAUCACAGCAGUCUGUACAGUACUGUCAGCAAACUAAAAUAAAUCACAGGAAACUCUUCCCACAUAGUGUAUUCUGUAUUUACAGUGUCAAACUCCGCUAUGGUAGGAAAUGAUAUGCAGCCUUUCAGCUGGUUACUAUUCAACCUUUCUAACCAUGCCAUCGAGUUAGCAUGCAGCAAAAUGGUGGUAUGUCAAACUGUGAAAAAAUGGACAACUUUACAGCUCUGUAUUUUUUGUACAUGCUCCUAACAUUACAUCUGGAACAAAUGUGAUGCACGCUAUCCCUUGUGCUUAUAAUGAUAUCUGAAGGCGUACGAGAACACGACCUUUGCUAUGCUAUGCGUUUAUGCUAGUCCAGUAAUUCCCAAACUUUUCAGCCCACGACCCCCAAAUUAAGAACUGCGGAGCCCCAUUGUCCCUGGAGGUAAUGUUGUGCACACUAUCAGGCCUAUCCAAAUAGUGGCAUUUGAACAUCACAAAAGAACACACCAGCCAAAACAGAAACGGUAGAAGCAGAACACACGUAAUCUCUUGAACUAUGUUUUUGUUUUUAUUUUCACAAUAAUGCACAAGAUAUGUAGUUUUGGUCUAAUUGAGGCGUACACAGGCAAGAAAUCAAUGACUCCCAACCACACUGUCUCCAUGUGUUGGUCCAACUUUGAGAAAUUAGACUUUUCGUUAGACAAUUUCAGUUUGACUAACAUGUUGACAUGCAUUUUCAAAGUCCAGUUUCAGUCGGACUAACACAAUAAAUUAUGUUUUCUUACUGUAUUUAAACCUUCUCAGUAUUAAUAUGGCACAUUGAAUUGUUUUGUACAGUUUUGUUGGACUUAGUUUUUUUGUUUAGUCAUUCAUGACAACAAUCUUUCUAAGCAGACGACACUCUGAUUUAUUAAGCUCUCUUACCUAGUGACUUUGUUCCUUUAAAUCACUCAGUCAUUGCUUUGGGAAAGUCAAUUGUAACUUGAGUAACUUGUGAAAAAUGUGCCACUGAUUUUUAAACUUUGUUUACUAACUUGUAUUUUUCUGUAUCCAAAUGUGAUCUUUAUGUUUCUGUUUAAAUUUCCUGUGCCAUUAAUACAGGUGUUUUUUAUUUUAUUUUAUGAAGUCCAUCCUACAAUGGAGUCCAUCUUUCUUUGUCCACGUUAAAGAUGUUCAAAUGUA